GGAUAAAGUAGAAACCCUAGUUUGAAUUUUCACGGCCGACCUCUCUCUCAUCCUCCGAGUAUUGUUGGCUUCAGACCAAAUCUUCUCCGGCGCUGCGGCGUUUCCCCCGGUACGGAGUCAUUCACCUCUCUCUUUUCUCUCUCGCGCUCCCUCUCUCUCUCUCUCUCUAUCUCUGGCUCUUUUUGAUUGUACAAGUAUUGUUAGGAUUAUACGUUUGAUUCUGUAUGUAGCAUCUGUCUAGUCGACGUCAAAUCGAUAUUAUGUUUCCAAAUAUUGAUUGGUUACCAAAACUGAUACGAGAAUAUUGAAUCUCUAUGGGCUAUCAAAAGGUAGAAGUAGCUGAUUACAGGAACAAUGAUGUCCUUUGAAAUGAAUGACCGGAAAAAAAUCGGGUUAGGCCUGACAGGAUUUGGCGUAUUCUUCUCGUUUUUGGGAAUAGUCUUCGUCUUUGAUAAGGGAUUACUUGCCAUGGGAAAUAUUCUUUUCAUCUCGGGGGUUAGUCUAACCAUUGGCUUCAAGUCUACCAUGCAGUUCUUCAUGAAGCGUCAAAAUUAUAAGGGAACCAUCUCUUUUGGCGUCGGUUUCUUCUUUGUUAUCAUCGGGUGGCCUAUCUUGGGAAUGAUGUUGGAGACCUAUGGCUUUUUCGUACUCUUCAGUGGCUUCUGGCCUACCUUGGCAGUCUUUGCUCAGAAGAUACCCGUUCUGGGUUGGAUUAUUCAGCAACCAUAUAUUAGAUCGUUCUUUGACAAGUACCGGGGCAAGCGAGUGCCGGUCUAGUCUUCCAUCCCGAGCAGAGAGACGAUUCACUGAGCUAGAUGCAGCUGAACAGGCGAUUAAAGUUUUUGGAAGAAGAAGUUUCGUGAUCCUGUAGAAAACUAAAACCAUAGGAGAAAGAAAAUAGGAAGGAAAAGAACGUACAAUUUGAAGCUGUGUGUCUAUGUUUCAGGUGAAGUAGAUGAAUCUUCGUCCAGGUUGCAAAUUGCAACAGAAUGUUAAAAAUGUAAUGUUUUAUUUUUGGGUUAGUUAUAGGUUACACCUCAAUUUUGGAAACUAAUUAAAGAGAAACAAUUGUUUCUAUUCACAAAAACUUUUUGUAACCAUUACGCAUUACAUAAUUUUAAUCAUAUUGUUAUUAACU